AUGUCCUCAACAGAUGUAUCGAACACUCGAACAGAGGGUGAUGGACAAAGUGCACCUCAACAUCAUAUUCCACCAUUAGUUCCUGUUACACAUGAUGCACGAGAAUUAUGGGAAGAUUAUAGAAAUGCUAUUGAAGCUAAAGCACAAAAAUGUUUUCCAAUCCCUGCUACUUUUCUAAUGGUACCAUUAAAAAUGUCUAUUUUAGAUAUUGAAGGAACUAAAACAUAUUUUUUUAAAGCUCGUGUUCCUAAUAAUAAAUUUGUUAAUGUACGUAUAAGAUUAUCUGGUAAAGCCGAGUCCCGAGAUAAUCAAGUGGCUGUUGAAUCACGUGCUAGUGGUGGUCUUGACGAAGAAAUUACUAAAAUCUUUUAA